CGGUGUUGGAAAGAGUCGGUCGAUGUGGAUCAUUGUUAGUGCUGGAGACCAGCAGCAGUGUGUGUGUGUGUGUGUGAGAGUGAGUCUCGAUCAGAGUCCUGCUCUCGACAGCUCUGGAUAAAAACGAGAGUCCUGCUCCAGAAGCCUUGCAUAUAGAAACUGCCGAUUCAUAUAAGAGAUUGUGAAUUAGAGGCUUAGCACUGUUUAUGUGUUUGGCUAGGUUGCUAACUGGCUGGUGUCCUAAUGGAUAGAGCGUCUGAGUUUGAUGUGAGUAUGUGAGCCGCUGAGCGUCUGGGAAACAAUGUUUCUUGUGUUUGUUUUGUCGGAGCGUCUCGCGCUCCAGAGUAACAGCAGCGCGAGCGCUCCAGCCCGAGCAAUGAUUCAAAGCAACCGAUCCAGAGACUCUCUCCUUAAGGACUGACUGAAGAAACUCUCUCAGACCAGCUUCUAUGUGCAUCAGCACUGUGCACUGAAGAGCAAUGCCUAUGAGAAUGUCUUAGUCCAGCAAGCACUUGCAAGGGGGGACUCUGCUGGUUUUUCCCCCUUUGGGAACUUUAGUUGAUAAGCCAACACUAGUGAUGGAGAUCCAUUGACUCCUGUCCUUGACACUAUCUAUUGCCCUUUCCCCCUUUACCCUUUACCCCUGCCUGGCCUGGCUAGUGCACGAACAUGCUGCGCUUCCUUCCCCUCAAGCUUGGCCGUUUGUACCGGUGUCUGAAACUUAUUUUUGUCAUUGGCCUGUUUGUUAUCUUGCUGAUGAACACGCACAACCUCUUAGCCUCUUUCCAAAAGAAUGAACUUACCGAUCGCAGGUUCAUCAGCCUCAACAAGUGCCCAGCCUGCUUUGGCACCAGCUGGUGUCGCAAGUUCAUGAAUGGACAGAUAUCUUUCGAGACAUGGGGUCGCCUUCGCUUCCUGGAUGUCUUCAAUGUGAAAAACGUUUUCUUUGCCCAGUACGGGGAGCCUCGUGAGGGUACACGGAGGAUUGUACUCAAGCGUUUGGGUUCCAACCAAGAGCUUACUGAUAUUGACCAGAAGAUUUGCAAGCGAGCAACGGGCCGAACUCGUUGUGAUCUUAUCCAGGCCAUGUACAAGACAGAGUUUGCCCGACUUAAUGGGGACGUCAGACUCCUAACCCCAGACGUUGUGGAAGGCUGGUCAGACCUUGUUCAUUGUCCGUCCCAAAGACUGCUGGACAGAAUAGUCAGGAGGUAUGCUGAGACAAAGGACUCUGGAAGCUUCCUUCUGAAGAACCUUAAGGACACAGAAAGGAUGCAGCUGUUGAUGACAUUGGCUUUCAAUCCAGAGCCCUUAGUGCUUCAGAGUUUCCCAUCAGACGAAGGCUGGCCAUUUGCGAAGUACCUGGGUGCAUGCGGGCGGAUGGUGGCGGUGAACUACGUGGGAGAGGAGCUGUGGAGUUUCUUCAAUGCGCCCUGGCAAAAGAGAGUAGACCUGGCCAAGCAAUUGAUGGACAUUGCAGAGCAGCUUACUAACAACGACUUCGACUUUGCUCUCUAUCUGUUGGACGUUAGCUUCGAUAACUUCGCCGUGGGCCCGCGGGACGGGAAGGUCAUUGUUGUGGAUGCGGAGAAUGUUGUGGUGGCCGACAAGAGGUUGAUCAAACAGAAUAAGCCUGAGAACUACGACGUCUGGUAUGAGAGCAAGUUUGAGGAGUGUGACAAGGAGGCCUGUCUUUCCUUCUCUAAAGACACGAUGUGCUCACGGGUCACAGUGGACCACAACUAUUACGCCAUAUGUCAGAAUCUACUUUCACGAUAUGCUGUGUGGCGGGGCAGCUCCGGCGGACUUCUUCACGACCCCCCGCCACACAUAGCCAAAGACGGCCAGCUCAAAGUGCUGUUGGACGAAUGCGCCAACCCUAAAAAGCGAUACGGCCGCUUCCAGGCAGCUAAAGAUCUGCGCGAGUACUUAACCCAGCUAAGCAGUACCGCUAGGUAAUGACCGCCCAUCCCUGGCCAACAGGGCUAUGCAAUUAAUCACAUGCGAUUGUCAUGCGCAUCUUGUUUGUGUGAAAGUGAAAAAAAGACGGUUCUGUGAUUAGUAGUAAAUCUCUAUCACCUGCUUUCAGAUGGAGCGUCAUUCUAUACACCGAGGCGUAGUUCACUGACAAGCUAUGUAAUAUUGAGUUCAUUAUCGCAGGCGAUUUGAUCUGCGUUAAUGAACGUGAUAUUUCCUGAUUGUCAGUGAACUACUGCUCUAUGUAUUAAAUGCCGCUCCAUCUGAAAGCAGGUGAUAGAGAUUUACUAAUAAUCACGGAACUGGCAUUACUGACGAGAUGUGCAUGACAAUCGCAUGUGAUAAAUUGCACAGCCCUAAUGUCCGAUGAAAUCUUCAGGCUUUGAGGAUCCCGGUUUGAAGGUUUGACGAAGCUUCAGUCUCAAACCAGUCGUCCUUCACUGCAUUCUGUUAUGUGUACAUUUUAUUUUGCCUACGUUAAUGUUUAAAUUAUUGAAAUGUCUUGAGUUCAUUGCUUUUAUUCAGUGGUUUAUUUUGCAAUAAAGGCAGCAGUUAGGUCACCAUUGUCAAAAUCCUCCGGUUUCUCGCUGGAGGCUUAGUUGAAAAAUGGCGACCCUCAUAAAGGCAGCUGGGAACGUUAGUCCACGAGCAUUAACUCUG